UGGAGUGUGUUGGAGUGAAAGAAAUUGAUCUUCAUGCUGCAUGUCUUCGUACGCUUGUUUGUAAGAUUAAUAACGAUGUAACAUUUUUUUUCUCAUUUGUUCCCAUGCUGGAAAAUGUUAUGGUUUCUCGUUGUUUUCAACUUUUCAAGUAUUCAUACAUAUUUGGUGAUCAUGCAAGAGAUUUACCUAAUCAGGUUAAAUCAUUAACGCUCCAAUUUUUUGCUGAUCAGGACUCCUUCCCAAUAGCUAACCCAACAGAGAUGAAGACGUUCAGAAAACUUACAAACUUAAGGUUGAUACCUUUGACCAGUCAUGGAAUUUUACAGAUAUUUGAACUAUCCAGACUCUUGGGUGAUUUUCCUCUGCUCCAAUCUUUGACUUUCGCGGUGUUUAAAGUUGUGAGUUUAACGGAGAGAACAAGAAGUAGAAGGCCUCCUCCAUCUCUUAAAGGUCACAAUCGACUAAAAGAAGUUAUAUACUAUGGAUUUGAUGGAUCAGAAAUCGAGAUGGAAUUUGUUGUUUAUAUUCUGAAAUGUGCCAUAGUACUUGAGCAAGUGUUUCUCAGCCCUAGAGUCCUAAGUUAUUUCUCUUGUGCGCCGCACCCUGAAGCGAAUGCUUCAUUCAGUGAAGAAAAACGCAACUCAAUCCAACAGAAACUGCAUGGACAAGCUCUCUCUAGCAAAGCUUGGGUGAUCAUCGAAUGAGUCAUUGUGUCUGUUGGAAAUAACUUUUUAAGGACUCAGUACAUUCUAUCGUACUCUAUAUUAGAGCUUUGCGAGUUUUGAGUUUAUAUUUAUAUUUAUAUAUAUUGGUACCUUCUCGUGGUC